CAGAACAUCAAUUAUCUCUCUUAGCAAUGGUUUCAGAGAGAUCAAUAAUUGGUAUAGAAUCAUUGAAGACAAAGAAGAAGGUAUGUGUGAUAGGAGCAGGUGCCUCAGGGCUUGUAGCAGCCAGAGAGCUAAGAAAAGAAGGUCACAAAGUAGUAAUUUUGGAGCAAAACGACGACGUUGGAGGUCAAUGGCUAUACAACCCAAAUGUUGAAAAUGAACAUCCUUUAGGAAAAUCCAAAUUCCUUAAUGUUCAUACCAGCAUUUACUCCUCUUUAAGGCUUGCUUCUCCAAGGGAAAUUAUGGGCUUUUCUGAUUUUCCUUUUGUUACUAAGAAAGGGCGUGACACUAGGAGAUUUCCUGGCCAUAAUGAGCUGCUUUUGUAUUUGAAGGAUUUUUCUCAAUACUUUGGUUUGAAUCAACUCAUAAGGUUUAAUACUAGAGUUGAAUAUGUGGGGAUUAUGAACAACAAAAAUGGCUGUUUUGGAGGGAUUAAGGAUGAUCAUCAUCUUCAAUGGGUUGUUAGAAGUAGAGAUUAUUGUAAGUAUAAGAUGGAUAAUAUUCAUGGGAAUGAUGAUCGUGAUUUGAUUGAACAAGUUUUUGAUGCUGUUGUUGUUGCUACUGGACAUUAUUCUCAUCCUAGAUUGCCUACCAUUAAAGGAAUGGACAAAUGGAAGAGAAAGCAAAUCCAUAGUCAUGUUUAUAGGGUUCCUGACCCGUUUCGCAACGAGGUAGUGGUGGUGGUGGGAAACUCUCAAAGUGGGCAAGACAUAUCGUUAGAUCUAAUAGAAGUGGCAAAGGAAAUUCAUUUAAGCACAAAAUCCAUUAACACCAUAACUCAGGGUUUAUCAAAAGUCAUCCAAAAAUAUGAAAACAUGCAUCUUGAACCACAGAUCGAAUUUCUUGAAGAAGAUGGGCGAGUGGUGUUUGUUGAUGGGACCUCUAUAGUUGCUGAUACUAUUUUAUAUUGCACUGGGUAUUCAUACGCAUUUCCAUUUCUUGACACAAAAGGAAUAGUUGUUGUGGAUGAUGAUCGAGUGGGACCUUUGUACGAGCAUACGUUUCCUCCGUCUUUGGCUCCCUCCCUUUCAUUUAUAGGCAUUCCACGAAAGCUCAUAGGUUUCCCUUUCUUUGAAUCACAAGCAAUAUGGAUAGCUCAACUGCUGUCUGGGAAAAGGACAUUGCCAUCAUGUGAUGAUAUGAUGCAAUCCAUCAAAGAAUUUUAUCACUCAAAAGAUAUUGCUGGCAUUCCAAAGCAUAAUACCCAUGAUUUAGCUGAGUUUGAGUAUUGCGAUAAGUAUGGCGAUAACGUUGGAUAUCCACGCUUGGAGGAAUGGAGGAAAAAACUGUGCUUAACAACCAUUGUAAAUUCCUCAAACAACCUCGAAACGUUUCGAGAUUCGAUGGAUGACGAUGAGGAUCUUCAAGAGGCCUAUCAAAGCCCUCAUUUCACUCAACUUGGAGCUCAAGUUUUUCCUCUGGUCCACAUGUAAAAGCUUCGACAAUCAGUUUCUUCUUUCUUAUCUCCUUUUUCUUUUUGGGUGGCCAUGUAAAAUUCCACAAGCAGAGUACAGAAGCGCUAUGAAAACAAAGAAGGCUUCAAACAUCAUUUCACCAAUGUUGAUGUAUUUCAUUUUUUGUUGUUCAAAUUGUAGUGUCCCAAAAUAAUUUGUUCAUUGUUGUUAAUUAGUAUUUGUUACACCAUCAAGGUUUUUGUCUAGUUAUAAAUUUUAAUGUUAAAGCUACUUUAUGUAUUUUUCCAAUUUAUUAAACUAUGAAGAAUUCACUUCUGCA